CUCAAUUUGACUUGACAGUUGACGUUGGUGGCAGUGACACUUCAAACUCUUCAAAGUCAACUUUCGUGCGCUCGCUUUCUCCAAGUUUUCUCUAAAUUAUUAAUUUUGGGGUACCUAAGUAUUACACAUUUAAUUAACUAGUACUUUGGAAUAAGUAGAGAAGAAUGUUAGAAGUUUGUAUUGAUAGUUUGGAAUCUGCGCUGAACGCUAUACAUGGAGGUGCUGAUGAGUUGGAAGUCUGUAGUUCUCUCACUGAAGGUGGUUUAACUCCUUCAGUGGGCCUUUUAAAGUCAAUUAAAAAAGCAAUAAACACUAUUUCUUCGGGAAACUUGACUAUUAAGAAACCAAAAGUCAAUGUAAUGAUCAGGUGCAGAACAGGUUCAGAUUUCAUUUAUUCAGAACCAGAAAUGGAAACCAUGAUGACAGAUAUUUAUACCUUCAAAGAAAUAGGUGUAGACCGAUUUGUUUUUGGUUCCCUAACUGAUACUCAAGAAAUUGACAAAGAAAAAUGUAUGAGGGUUGUUAAAGCCUCAUUUCCUGUGCCUGUUACCUUCCACAGAGCAUUUGAUAUGUGUAAAGAGCCUAAGAAAGCCAUAGAGCAACUAAUUACAAUAAAGUUUGAUAGAGUUUUAACCAGUGGGCAAAGACCAUCAGUGAAUUGUGUGGAUGCUAUAGAAUUAAUCAAAUUCUUAUUAGAGUCUUAUGGUGAUAAGAUAGAUGUGAUGCCAGGAGCUGGUGUUAAUGAAAACAAUGCCAAAAGUCUUAUAGAGUUAGGUUGCAAAAUAGUCCAUAGUUCCUGUAAAAUAUUGAGACCUUUGCCUAAAGUUGAUCAUCAAUUGGCUAUGGGCACUAGUGAUAGUGAGUUUGUUUAUGUUACAGAUGAAAGUAUUGUUAGAAGGACAAAAGAAGCUGUUAUUUUAGUGUAAUUUAUUUAAUUAAAAGGAUUAAAAUA